AUGGUUGCAGGGAGGAUAUUCAUCGGUCUUCUCUUCCUUCUAGCUCCAUCCUACGCGGUACCAGAUGUUGGAGAAGCCGCUGGCCACUACCGAGAAGGGUUCGGCCCGAUGGGCAGCUGGCCCCAUACUAUGGGCAAGGGUUGGGGCCAACAUUGUACGCGAAACUAUGAGUGCGAUAGUGGUUGCUGCAACUGGGAGAAAGCAACGCCCGGCUACGGCUGGGGAAUAAAACCCCCUACCAACCAACCUACCAUACAACCUACCAUACAACCUACCAUACAAUCUACCAUACAAUCUACCACACAAUCUACCAUGGCUAAAAAGAAAUCUACUAUAGCUACAAAGAAGCGCAAGCUUGACGAGACUAUCGCCGAACUACCUACCAAAGAAGAACUCUCUAGUCGGCUUCAGCCCUUAAUACCUACCUCUGAACCUCCACGGCGACAGCUACCUAGCAGCUUAGAUAUAGAGAGCCCAUACGCGAUCUUCUCCCUCUUCAUUAGCCAAGAGAUCUUCGAGUUUCUCAGCCAGUCUACCAACGAAUACGCCCAGCUGCUGUACACCACCUCCGCAACUAAGCCUUUUAUCGUCUAG